GAGGGUGGGUAGAUGUUUGCUAAAUCUGUAUGGCUGUAUUUUACUGGGUUCUCUGGUCAGACGGUGGCAGAGAUUUUGUCGGCUUCUCCUUCAGGAUUUGUGAUUUUUCACUUUAACUUAUUAUCAGUUCUUCAAAAAUACAGACUAAGAGACUUGAUCCAGAAUUCGAAGUCGGCCAGGAAGUCAUGCCAGGGAGCCCAGAGAACAUCCCCCUGGGGGAGUGCACGCUGUCCCAGUCCAGGGACCAGCUCACGCCCCCGAGCCGCACGGAGAGCACCGUGUUCAGCCUGUCCCGCACCGAGUCAGUUUGGACUACGGAGAAUUCCCCCAAGAAGUCUGACGUCUUUUGGUUCCCCAUCCACCUCAUGUCUACCGGGGGCAGCUUCCUGGCAUGUGGCAUCAUCAUCAGCGGCCUUUACUUCGCCGGCCACUGCCAGAAAGUCACCAACAUCCUGGGACCAGCCCUGCUGUCCAUUGGAUUGAUGGUUUUUGUGGUGGGCGUGGUCCUGAUUCCUAUUACCAAAGAGAACAGGAGGCGGUCGAAAAUGAAGAAGCCCCUGAGUUAUUAUAGGCCUCCGGUGUUUAACCUGUGACGGCCGUGAUGGUUUUCAGCACAACUUCAUGUUUGGAUGUAAUUUCAGGAGAUACGUGGAGAGCACUCUGAACUGAGGUUAAUCUUUUCAGCUCUGUGGAAAAUGAUUAAUAGACGACUGUUUGACAACAAUUAUGUUUAUCUCUCUGGAUUGACGACACUGUUGAAGUUUCUAGUGUGCAUGAUGUCAUUUCAUUAAUAACAGCGGCUGUUGAAAAUAGGAUGAGAGCGCAUGGACAGGAAUGCGCUGCAGAAAAUGCAAUUAUUUACACCUGCACAAACAAUUUAGCAAAGUGUCCUUAUGAAUAU